GUAUCUGACCAUUCCCAAACCAAAGCCAAAACAUGGCAAUGAAGAGAACCAUUUUAAGCAUGGCUGUCAUGGCCCUUCUCAUUGAACUUGGCAUGGCGGCAAACUACACCGUCGGAGGCGGUCCAAAUGGCUGGGAUACCUCAACAAACUUGCAAAGUUGGGCGUCAUCUCAGGCAUUUCUAGUCGGAGAUAAUCUCAUUUUUCAGUACACACCGAACCAUAAUUUGAUGGAAGUCACAAAAGCAGGCUACGAUUCUUGCAAUCCAAGUAAUCUACUCCAGAUUUACAAUGAUGGCAAUACCGUCAUCCCUCUGUCUGCUCCGGGGAAAAGGUACUUCAUCUGUGGAGUAUCAGGGCAUUGCCUCGGAGGAAUGAAGGUCGAAAUAGAUACUCUCGCGACCACUUCUUCACCCCCAGCAGAUUCUCCUUCCUUGGCUCCAAAUAGCCCUCCUUCUACUCCAUCACGGGCAGGAUCACCCGAAUCCCCUGCACCAACCGCGUCCGCUCCUCGAUUGUCACCCGACUCACCACUCUCCAACGGUCCUUCGUCGUCUUCUCCUAAUAUUGCUCCUUCUACCGAGACUCCUCAGCCUGCACCAGCACCAUCUGCUGCUCCUAUCAACUACGUUAAAGGCGGUUUCCGAGCUAGUCUCCUUGUGGGAUUCAGCACCAUUGUGAUGCUUUUGGCCUUCUAAUCUGUUAUAGGGAAUUCUUUUGCCAUAAGGAGGUUGUUGCGUUGUUUUUGAGUGAAUGUUCUCCUGAAUUCAUCUUCUUCUUUCCUUUCUGUUC